CUAACACUUGGCGCAUGCGCAAACGUAUCGGGCCGUGUUUGAACUGACCUUCUCCUCUGCCUCGUCGCCCCUCGACGAGAAGACCUUCAAAGUUUAUCUGGCGUUUUCCGUCUGUUUGUGUGUUGUUUACACACACAUGCAGCAAUGCCCUCAACGCCCGAGGUCCCCGCCUCCCAGGAGCUGAAUGUGGACGAGGUCAACGUGUCCUCGGCGGUGCUCAAAGCGGCAGCUCACCACUUUGGGUCGCAGUGUGACAAGCCCAGCAAGGAGUUCAUGCUCUGUCGCUGGGAGGAAAAGGACCCCCGCAAGUGUCUGGAAGAAGGGAGGAAAGUCACCGCGUGUGCGCUCAACUUCUUCAGGCAAAUCAAGGGGAACUGCGCCGAGUCCUUCACCGAGUACUGGACCUGUCUGGACUAUUCCAAUUUAGCCGAGCUGCGCCAUUGUCGCAAGCAGCAGAACGCCUUCGACGGCUGCGUCCUCGACAAGCUGGACUGGGUGAGACCCCAGCUCGGAGAGCUGUCCAAGGUUACCAAGGUGGCGACCUCACGGCCCAUACCCGAGAACCCUUACCACUCUCGCCCACGCCCCGAGCCCAACCCCAUCAUCGAAGGUAAUAUAGAGCCUUCCAAGUAUGGCAGCAAGUUGUUCUUUUGGCCCUGGUGAGGACUUGUGUCCUCUCUGGGAGCCUGGCGUUGUGCUGAUGUCAUCAUUAUUACUAUUUUCUCCCGGCUUUCCUGCCCGCCUCUGUAAAUGUCACACUUAAACCUUGUCAAAGAAUAAAAGACGUAAAUUCAAACUGCUGGGUUU